CGCCUCGCGCGACGCCGGUGGUCGUCGGGGCCAGCCGGUGCGCAUCGCUCCACAAAAUGGACCCAAUGGCAGCUAUUUGCUAUGGAAACGAGGCUGCCCCGAUGCUGCCCCAACCUUCAACUUCAAAGUACACUUGCAAAGGAAGUCCCCUCAGUUGGCAAAAAUACGGCUCGUGGACGCACGCGCAGCGCGCGCCGCCCCGCGACACACGCCCACAGCGCGGGCGACCUCGCGCACACGCGACGCCGCCUCCCCGAAAGCGGCUAUGGCUCUCCGCUAUGCUCUCAUGUAUGAGCGGACGUUUUACUCAAUUUUCGGUCGCGACUGGCGCAGACCUGGGGCGAAUUGGACGGCUCUCCAGUGGGCCGGCGACUCAUUUCUCGACGGCGGCUUCGUUCAGAACGGCGACCUUGUACAAGCAAUAAACGCUGCGAUCGCCGCAGAGCGGAUCCCCGUGUUUACGUUCUGGGAGAUCCCCCCCUACCACUUCCGUGUGCCACCCAUAGUGGAGACGUGCAUCGAGAGGUACCGAGCUUUUGCCGGCAACCGAUUUGCAGUCUUUGUGGUCGACAGAAGCGCUGCCCCCGUGCCGCCUGGCGGCUGGGACCGCUUCUGGGGCAGCGAAAAUUCUAUUGCUCACAUCAAGGACUACGUGUCGUUUUAUCUUAUUUCAACUUUUGGAGGAAUUUGGCUCGACGCAAGUAUAAUACUACUCAGGCCCUUUGAAGAGAUAUUCAAUGUUAAUUUGGCCAAGUUCCAGGGCUGGUAUCAACCGGGCACCGAUGGCGGGGUAGCCGAGAACUGGGCGUUUUUUGCGCCUCCUGGAUGCCCCAUCAUGAAAUCCUGGUACCUAUUGACUGUGCUCUGGCUCGCGACCGACCACCAGCCUGAGGGAGCCCAGCCCUGGUUCCCGUAUUUAUGGCAGCACGACAUCUGGAGAGAGGAAAUGGUACCUAUGAUUAAGGAUUACGGUUGGCAGGAUCUCUAUAUCCUUCGUGAUCCUGCUGGAAUUUUUAUGUCGUACGAAGGAUAUAGAGAUCUAUCAAUAGUUUCGUUGUUGAUCACAGGGCUCAGCCUGAGGACGGUGCGAUUCCAUACGCCUAUGGUUAAGCUAACGAGAUUCGAACGCGACCGACUAGCAAGCAGUUUGCGCCAUGGUAGAUUUCCUGAGGGUUCGCUGGCGAACCAGCUCGAGUACCGCUGGGUCAUCCCAGCUUAGAACUAUCCCGCGGUAUCCCCUUGACCAAUAAGAGUUUCACGUCUUA